AUGGGUGUCACUUACCGCCACGGCAUUUCAAUCCUCCAAGAGGUCGUCUACGUGCCUGCUCUGUGUACUGCGGCUUUCCUUGUCUACCGUCAUGGAUUACGCAAAAAUAGUGGUUUUCUAUUCCUUGUUAUCUUCGCUUUGGCUCGAAUAAUCGGCGCAAGCUGUGACCUUGCAACUAUCAACGACCCUUCCAACACCAAUCUUUUCACAGCUGCAGCCAUCUGUUCCUCCAUUGGUCUUUCUCCUUUAAUGCUCGCCUGCAGCGGUCUUCUUUCUCGAGCUGACCAAUCAAUCAAGCGCAUGACCGGUCAAGCUCUCCCUUUACCCACAUUCACUGCUUUCCGCCUCUUGACCGUCGCAGCCAUGGUCCUCGCAAUCGUCGGCAUCACCUCCAACAUGACAGUUCAGGGAAUGCAAAACCCUGCCAGCGAGACCAAGAUCGGCAUGAUCUUGUACGUUGUCUCAUGGGCCGCUUUGCUUGGCUUGCUCCUUCUCGUCACCAGCCGUUGCAGAGGCCUCGAGAGCGGCGAGAAACGCAUCUUGGUUGCUGUUGCUGCGGCAUUGCCAUUCAUUCUGAUCCGUGUUAUCUACGCCUGCCUCAUCAUCUUCCUCCACAACAGUACUUUCUCUCUUCUCAGCCCCGACCCUACUGCUUUGCUGUGCAUGAAUGUUCUUGAGGAGAUUGUCGUCGUUGCUAUUCUUCUGGGUGUGGGGUUCACUCUCGCAGUUCGUGUAGAACGCCAGGAGAAGUCUGGGAUCGAGGCUCCUUUGGCUCAGCAGCCUCAGCAAUACUAUCAGCAAUCAGGAUACCAGGCUUGA